UGUACCACUCUUCCCAUCAGUGCACACUCAUUUCUACUGUAUCUAACCCAAAACCUAGUUCCUCUUAUUCUCCGGCCCAAAUCCUCUCUGACCAGCUCCCGUGCGCUUGCUCAGGCACUCUCCGUUCGUCGAUAAUUAACCAAGAACAACCCUUGUUGCGGAAGCGAAGAUGUCUCUGAGGGUACUGAAUCCGAACGCCGAGGUGCUGAACAAGUCGGCCGCACUUCACAUGAACAUCAAUGCCGCUAAGGGGUUACAGGACGUUCUCAAGACGAAUCUUGGACCUAAGGGAACUAUUAAGAUGCUUGUUGGGGGUGCCGGCGAUAUUAAGCUUACCAAGGAUGGCAACACCUUGUUGAAGGAAAUGCAAAUUCAAAACCCAACUGCUAUAAUGAUUGCACGGACUGCAGUUGCACAAGAUGAUACUAGUGGCGAUGGUACUACAUCGACAGUGCUUUUCAUCGGUGAACUUAUGAAACAGUCUGAACGCUACAUAGAUGAAGGGAUGCAUCCCCGUGUGCUAGUUGAUGGUUUUGAAAUUGCGAAAAGAGCGACCUUGCAAUUUCUUGAAAGAUUCAAGACACCUGUAGUGAUGGGUGGUGACCCAGAUAAAGAGAUAUUGAGAAUGGUAGCAAGAACAACACUAAGAACCAAGUUAUAUGAAUCAAUGGCAGAUCAGCUUACAGAUAUUGUUACAAAUUCUGUUCUCUGCAUUCGUAAGCCUGGGGAAGCUAUUGACCUUUUUAUGGUUGAAGUAAUGCACAUGCGUCACAAGUUUGAUGUGGACACUCGCCUGGUGGAGGGACUUGUACUUGAUCAUGGUUCUAGACACCCAGAUAUGAAGAGACGGGCAGAAGAUUGUUACAUUUUAACCUGUAAUGUUUCCUUGGAAUAUGAGAAGAGUGAAGUAAAUGCAGGAUUUUUCUACUCAAAUGCAGAGCAAAGAGAAGCUAUGGUUGCUGCUGAAAGACGCUCUGUUGACGAAAGAGUGCAAAAGAUAAUUGACCUAAAGAAAAAGGUCUGCUCAGGUACUAAUAACAACUUCGUUGUCAUCAAUCAAAAGGGGAUUGAUCCUCCAUCACUGGACCUCCUUGCUCGGGAAGGAAUUAUUGCCCUUCGAAGAGCAAAGAGGAGAAAUAUGGAAAGGUUGAUCCUGACAUGUGGGGGAGAUGCAGUUAAUUCAGUUGAUGACCUCUCUCCGGAAUGCCUUGGCUGGGCUGGACUGGUAUAUGAGCAUGUUCUUGGAGAAGAGAAGUACACGUUUGUUGAAAAUGUUAAAAAUCCUCACUCUUGCACUAUCCUUAUUAAAGGGCCCAAUGAUCAUACAAUUGCUCAAAUCAAGGAUGCUGUACGUGAUGGACUAAGAGCAGUAAAAAAUACUAUUGAAGAUGAAGCUAUUGUAUUGGGUGCUGGGGCAUUUGAAGUGGCAGCAAGACAGUACUUGAUCAAUGAAGUGAAGAAAACUGUCAAGGGGAGAGCUCAACUUGGCGUCGAAGCUUUUGCCAAUGCCCUCCUCGUGAUUCCAAAGACACUUGCUGAGAACUCUGGCCUUGAUACUCAAGAUGUGAUCAUUGCUUUGACGGGUGAGCAUGACGGGGGAAAUGUUGUGGGAGUUUGUCAGCACACAGGAGAACCUAUAGAUCCACAAAUGGAGGGGAUAUUUGAUAAUUAUUCUGUCAAACGGCAGAUCAUCAAUUCUGGCCCUGUAAUAGCAUCUCAGCUUCUACUUGUGGAUGAAGUCAUCCGGGCAGGGCGUAACAUGAGGAAACCAACUUAACCUUUUGUAAACCAGCAUUUAGAGGAUUUGGUUGUGCCAUCGAGUCCCCCCACCCCUCGAUUUUUAGUUUUUCAACAACAUUUUUGAAGGUUAGUUCUAUAUUUUGUGAUAUCAAUAACCCAAUAUUGCUGGUAGUAACUAAUUUCCCUUCUAAGUUUGUGAUAAUAUGUGAUAUAUUUUGACCUGCGGAUCGAUGGAUGUGUGCCCUAAAAAUGAAGUAUCGUUACCAUGAUCAGGCCUUGAUUUCGUUUUAAGAAUGGC